AUGUUGCUACUCUCUUCAUUACUCUCACUCGCUCGUUCAAUUCCACUAAACAUUUCAUCCGAAUUGCAUGCGCUUCCCUUCCCAACAGAAAAUGUUACUGGAGAACGUCGAUAUACUGAUGAACAAAGGUUGCUGUAUCACUUGUUGAAAGAUUACGAAAAGGCUGUAAGACCUGUUCGAAACGCUUCACAUACUGUUACCGUACGUCUUGGGAUGACCAUGACAAAUAUAUUCGACAUGGAUGAGAGAAAUCAAGUGCUCACCAUUAAUGUUUGGUUGGACCAGGAAUGGAACGAUGAAUUGCUACGCUGGAAUCCAGACGACUUCGGUGGCAUUCAAUCGCUUCGAAUUCCUUGUGAUUUAAUCUGGUUACCUGACAUAGUGCUCUACAAUAACGCUGAUGACUAUACCGCUGGUUACAUGCGCUCAAGAGCGAUGGUUCUUUACACGGGGACAGUUUUCUGGCCGCCACCAACACAAUUGCGAAGCACUUGCAAAGUUGACGUGUCGUUGUUUCCCUUCGAUGAACAAAAAUGUUCGCUUAAAUUCGGCUCAUGGACCUAUCAUGGAUUUCAAGUGGAUAUCAUCAACAGAAGCGAAAAUAUUGACUUAACCAAUUAUGUGCCUUCCGGGGAGUUCGAUUUGGUCAAGGUUUAUCAAAAACGACGUGUCGUAAAGUACACCUGUUGCCCGGAACCCUAUCCGGACAUCACAUUUUUUAUUUACAUCCGAAGAAAGACGCUAUACUACCUCUAUAAUAUUGUUUUCCCUUGUCUAAUGAUGUCUGUUUUGACCUUAUUGGUAUUCGUGCUUCCGCCUGAUUCCGGUGAGAAGAUUGCUCUUGGCAUCACAGUUUUGCUUGCCUUUUCCGUGUUUGUGCUUGCCAUAGCUGAAAAGAUGCCAGAAACGUCUGACUCCAUGCCUUUAAUUGGUAUCUACCUUAUGGUUGUCAUGGGUAUGACGUCUGUCUCCGUCGUUAUGACUGUGUUGGUUUUGAACUUCCAUCAUCGUGGUCCGUUUAACGAUCCCGUCCCAGAAUGGGCACGCGUACUCAUCCUAGAACGGCUCCGAAAAUUGUUGCAUAUGAAAUUAUCUCAUACAGAUACUGACUCCAAGAAGCAGAAGAUGUCAGUGUGUUCGAACAACAUGAUGCGACGACUAUCAGUCAGAGUGGCCAUGGACGACAUGAGGAACGAGAUAGUCAACGAAGUUGGCCCAGAUUUGCUUAAUGGUGGUAACAUAGUCGAGUUCCAGUCAGCAAGCGGUGAACCGGUGCACUUGGACGUUCCACAAACAAAUAUCGCUGUUGCUUGCAAUGGUGUUAUCAGAAAGCGGCCAAAAACUGACGAUAAUUUACAGAUCAAAUUGCUUAGAACCCUUCAGGUUCUAAUCAGGCGACAAGAGAGUGAAGACGAAAGCGAACGUAUGGCUAUUGAAUGGCGACAAAUAGCUCAAGUUAUAGAUCGACUGCUAUUCUGGAUAUUCUUAGUCGCCACUGUGAUAAUCACGUUCAUACUUCUACUGUUUAUUCCUGCAAUGCAUCGAUCGUCGCACGAGGAACAUCCGGAGUAA